AUGGACAUCGUGCCGUUCACAACGGCCGCGGGCAACAACGGUGACGGUGGUAUUGGUGGUAGACAGGAGCAGGAAGCGAACCAGUACUUCUUGCAUUUGUUGCAGGAGAAUACUCAGGUGAACUUGUUCCUGAAUGACCCCCGCAUUCAAAGUGCCUUGGAGCUUCGCGCGGAACAAAGACAUCGAUUUGCAUUGGACAACGUGUACGCCGAAGCCAACGCAUACAUUGCACACCUAGAGGCAACAGCGGAUGCGAAUCAUCGUCAACAGCUAGCAUUUGUGAGCCAAUCCACACACCUGUUGGUGGGACAGCUACACAAUGAAGUACGAGUGCUAGAGACAAUCGCCCGAGCAGAACGACAAUCAGCCAAUGAGCUGCAGGCACAGCUGGCACGCGCACAAAGGGAAAGUCAAGAUGAAAGGUCUAUGGCCAUGCAGUUUGAUGCACAUCGAUCCGAGCUGGAAGCAGCAGCGCGCACGCUCACUGCGGAAAACAGACAGCAUGAACGCCGUUUCGCGGAAUUGCGCUCGAGUAUCGAAGAAAACCACAGUGAGAUGAUUGCCUUUUUAGGGUCUGAGUUUGAGGAAAAGCUUCAAUGGGAAGAGAAUGAGUACUACCAUAGGCUAACCUCUGAGGCACAGCAGUACGAUAGCUUGGUUGAUGACCUGCAGGACAGGAACGCGGAGCUUAUAGCUGAGGUCGACUCACUCAGGACUGUCUUGUCGACAGCGGAGAGUAGCCCGCCGCAAGGUGGUGCCGUGCCGGUGAAAGUCGAUCCCAGUGAGAGCUCCAAACUUCAACCAAGCCCACCGCAAGGUGGUGCCGCAGGAGAUUCCUGUGUCGCUUCGGACGGUUUUGGGAAGGACCCAACGGUAUGA